CGGCGGCGAACGGGCAGCGGCUGCCGGCGGGGCGGGGAUCCGGGUUCGAGGCCGAAUCCCGGGAAGGCUUGCUCUUUCCCCAUCACUGCCUUAAAUCAGUAACCCCGGGGGACUCGCUGCCACCACCUCCCUGGUGAUAUGGACGCUUGAACCCCUCUCCAGAAGAACGUUCCCGGACUGGAUUGUGGGGGGACACCGGAGGGGCUGGUCUGGGUUCCCAGUGGAGGCCUCCGCCGAAUGUGUGACAUGCGGAUCUGUGUUGAAGCGUCACAGCCAUCUUUGGAUGGCCACGCCCCCAGCACCCCCAUUGUCCAGGUGGGGAAACUGAGGCCCGGGGUGGCCCCGUGACUUGCUGCAGUUGACCCAGGAAGUGCCAGGACGCUCCCGCAGCUGUCAGGACCAUGCCUUUGUGCCAGUGGGGAGCCCCCGCCCAGGGCAGCGAGGCCGAUGGAGAUGGAGCUCAGCCCCCGACCGCGAUGGGAGGCCUGACGGUCCUUCUGCACUGGGCCGGCCCCGGCGGCGGGGAGUCCUGGGUCACGUUCACCGAGGCCUCGCUGACCGCCGAAGAUGUCUGCAUCCAAGUCGCACGCAAAAUCGGCAUCACUCCGCCCUGCCUCAGUCUCUUCGCCCUCUUCGAUGCCCAGGCCCAAGUCUGGCUGCCCCCAAACCACGUUCUGGAAGUCCCCAGAGACGCCAGCUUGAUGCUGCACUUCCGCCUGAGGUUUUAUUUCCGGAACUGGCACGGCAUGAAUCCGCAGGAGCCAGCUGUGCACCGCUGCAGGCCCCCAGGGGCUGAUGCUUCCUCAGAACAGGCAGAGCAGGGGGUGCAACUCUUGGACCCGGCCUCCUUUGAGUACCUCUUUGAGCAGGGCAAGCACGAGUUUGUGAACGACGUGGUGUCCCUGGGGGAGCUGUCCAGCGAUGAGGAGAUCCACCACUUUAAGAACGAGAGUCUGGGCAUGGCCUUCUUGCACCUCUACCACUUGGCUCUCCACUGUGGCGUCCCCCUGGAGGAGGUGGCCAAAAAGAUCAGCUUCCAGGACUGCAUCCCACGCUCCUUCCGGCAGCAGAUCCGGCAGCACAACGCACUCACCCGCCUGCGUCUGCACAGCAUCUUCCGCAGGUUUCUGCGAAGCUUCCGGCCCGGCCGCCUCUCCCAGCAGCUGGUCAUGGUCAAGUACCUGGCCACGCUCGAGCGGCUGGCGCCCCGCUUCGGCGCCGAGCGCGUGCCCGUGCGCCACCUGGCCCUCCGGGGCAGCGGGCAGGCCCCUGGGGACCCCGUGCCCGUGUCCGCCACGGGGCCCCACACCCACGAGGUGCUGGUCACCGGCGUCGGGGGUAUCCAGUGGCGGCCAGUGCCAGCUGAGGGUUCUAGGAAUCCCCGGGCCAGCUUGUUGGGGAAGAAAGCCAAGGCACAAAAGGCAGGCGGCCAGCCGGCGGAGAGCUCGAAGGAGCCGCCCUGGACCUACUUCUGCGACUUCCAGGACAUCACCCACGUGGUGCUGGCUGAGCACCACGUCACCAUCCACCGGCAGGACAACAAGUGUCUGGAGCUGACCCUGCCUUCCCGGGCAGCAGCCCUGUCCUUGGUGUCGCUGGUGGACGGCUACUUCCGCCUGACGGCCGACUCGAGCCACUACCUGUGCCACGAGGUGGCGCCCCCGCGGCUGGUGAUGAGUGUCCAGGAGGGCAUCCACGGGCCCCUGCUGGAGCCCUUUGUGCUGGCCAAGCUCCGGCCCGAGCCUGGCCUCUUCCUCAUCCACUGGAGCGUCAGCCGCCUGUCCCGCCUCAUUCUCUCAGUGGCCCAGACUGACCAGCAGGCACCCCAUGCGCCGAGCCUGCACUUGCGGAAGUUCCCCAUCGAGCAGCAGGCCGGGUCCUUCACGUUGGAGGGCUGGGGCCGCUCCUUCCCCACCGUGCGCCAGCUGCGGGCUGCCCUGCAAGGCUGCUCGCUGCGGGCCGGGGACCACUGCUUCCCCCUGCGCCGCUGCUGCCUGCCGAGACCAGGAGAGGCCUCCAACCUCAUCAUCCUGCGGGGUUCUCGGCACAGCGCCAGGCCGCUCAACCUCAGCCAGCUCAGCUUCCACCAGAUCCACCAGGACGAGAUCACCCAGCUCUCCCACCUGGGCCAGGGCACCAGGACCAACGUGUAUGAGGGGCUUCUGCACGUGGGGGGCGGCGGCCCCGAGGAGGGCCAGGAGGAUGACGGGGAGCCCCCCGUGCCCGUUGAGCAGGAGCUGCGGGUCGUGCUGAAAGUGCUGGACCCUGGCCACCACGGCAUCGCCCUGGCCUUCUACGAGACGGCCAGCCUCAUGAGCCAGGUGUCGCACAUCCACCUGUCCUUCCUGCACGGCGUCUGUGUGCGAGGCUCCGAGUACAUCAUGGUGACAGAGCACGUGGAGCACGGGCCCCUGGACGUGUGGCUGCGGCGGAAGCGGGGCCACGUGACGGUGGCCUGGAAGGUGGCGGUGGCUCAGCAGCUGGCCAGUGCCCUCAGUUACCUGGAGGACAAGCGCCUGGUUCACGGCAAUGUUUGCGGCCGUAACGUGCUGCUGGCACGGCCAGGGCUGGCGGAGGGCACGAGCCCCUUCAUCAAGCUCAGCGACCCUGGUGUGGGCCUGGCUGCCCUCUCCAGGGAAGAGCGGGUGGAGCGGAUCCCCUGGACAGCACCCGAGUGCCUCUCUGGCGGGGCCAACAGCCUGAGCACCGCGGCCGACACGUGGGGCUUUGGCGCCACCCUCCUGGAGAUCUGCUUUGACGGGGAGGCCCCCUUGCAGGGCCGCGGCCCCUCUGAGAAAGAGCGCUUCUACCAGAAGCAGCAUCGGCUCCCUGAGCCCUCGUGCCCAGAGCUGGCCACACUCACCAGCCAGUGCCUGACCUACGAGCCGGCCCAGCGGCCCUCCUUCCGCACCAUCCUGCGUGACCUCACUCGGCUACGACCCCAAAAUCUUGUUGACGUCUCGGCGGUGAACCCGGAUUCGCCCUCACCGGACCCCACGGUUUUCCAUAAGCGCUAUUUGAAAAAGGUCCGGGAUCUGGGCGAGGGUCACUUCGGCAAGGUCAGCCUGUGCUGCUACGACCCGGCCAACGACGGCACUGGCGAGAUGGUGGCGGUGAAGGCCCUCAAGGCGGGCUGCGGCUCCCAGCUGCGCUCGGGCUGGAGGCGCGAGAUCGACAUCCUGCGCACGCUCUACCACCUGCACAUCGUCGAGUACAGGGGCUGCUGCGAGGACCCAGGCGAGAAAUCGGUGCAGCUCGUCAUGGAGUACGUGCCCCUGGGCAGCCUCCGAGACUACCUGCCCCGGCACAGGGUCGGCCUGGCCCAGCUGCUGCUCUUCGCCCAGCAGAUCUGCGAGGGCAUGGCUUACUUGCACGCCCAGCGCUACAUCCACCGAGACCUGGCCGCGCGCAACGUGCUGCUGGACAACGACAGGCUGGUCAAGAUCGGGGACUUCGGCCUGGCCAAGGCCGUGCCCGAAGGCCGGGAGUACUACCGCGUGCGCGAGGACGGGGACAGCCCCGUGUUCUGGUAUGCCCCCGAGUGUCUGAAGGAGUGCAAGUUCUACUACGCCUCUGAUGUUUGGUCCUUCGGGGUCACCCUGUAUGAGCUACUGACACACUGUGACUCCAGCCAGAGCCCCCCUUCGAAAUUCAUCGAGCUGAUGGGCCUGGUCCAGGGUCAGAUGACGGUGCUGAGGCUCACCGAGCUGCUGGAGCGAGGGGACAGGCUGCCACGGCCUGAGGGGUGUCCCUGUGAGAUCUAUCUUCUCAUGAAAAACUGCUGGGAGACGGAGGCCUCCUUCCGUCCAACCUUCCAGAACCUCAUACCCCUCCUCAAGACAGUCCAGGAAAAAUAUCAAGACCAGGCCCCCUCAGUGUUUGGGGGGUGCUGAAGCAGGCCGGUGACUCUGCUCGGGGUGGGGAGAGGCGGUUGGACCAGGUGGUACCGCAGAGAGGGCCUCCUGCUCCCCACCCCAAAAGGGACCCAAGAUGGGGAAGGCCGCCUUACCCACUUCCUGUGCCUUACGCCUGCCUGCUUGCAGUCCCCGCCUCUGUGAAGGGCAGGAGCCUAAUCAGACCCUUGAAAACGAUCCUUUCGCCUUUUCCCAGCUCCAUGACUCAUAUUUUCUCUGCUGGAGACAGUGGUGCUCAUGGCUCUUGGUGAGCAAGGCCGGUUGGCCGGUGUCUGCUUUCCUGGGGAGUGCAAUAAACUGCAUUCAACUACAAAAACCUUUGCAUCCUUGUGAAUCACCAGCAGGCGCCUGGACCAGUGCCUGGUAUACAGAAGGCACUCCGUAACUACUUGCCAAAUGCACUAUAUCUUUGGGGUCCAAGUGCCAAAAAGAUAAGAUUCGGCCACUUUCGCCUCUUCCUUCCUGUGUGACCUCAGAUAAGUGGCUUCCCGUCUCUGGGCUUCCACGUUCCUCAGCUAUAAUUCAAGGGUCGGCAAGCUUGCUGCCUCGCAGGACGGACAGAAAGAGCUAACAAGGUCACGUACGGAAAAUGCUGAGCAGAGAGCCUGGCAAACAGGAAGAGCUUAAUAAACUCAUCACUAUUGUUAUUCUGAUGUUUGCCAAAUGUUUCUGUUUCAUGGGUGUUAACUUGAGAUGGAUUAUGUAACCAGAUAUUUGUGAAAGGCCUGAAGUAAUUCUCUUCCCCGCAAAACUUCCAGAGACCUCGGUGCUUUGCAACUCUCCAGACUAAACAAUUCCACACUAUUGUAA